CAGGCUGGGGAGACACAGCUUUCGAUACAUUCAAAGGCCAUACAUCCGACAUCCUUGCACUUGCAUACUCCCCUGACGGACAGUUCAUAGCGACAGACUCGGCGGACUCAACGAUACGAGUAUGGGAGGUGAUUGCGGGCUUUCACGUCGGGUGGCCACUGUUCGGACACAAGCAUUCGGUCCGUGCCAUCGCUUACUCUCCUGAUGGGCAGCAUCUCGUUAGCGGUUCCGACGACGGGACCCUUCGAGUAUGGGACAUGAAUACCUAUCGGAUAAUCAUGAGGCCACUUAAGGGUCACAUACACUGCAGCUACUCCGCUGUACAGUACUCUCCCAGCGGCACACUCAUCGCAAGUGGGGAUGGCAAAGGUCUUCUCCAGCUUUGAGAUGCACGCAUGGGUCACUGCGUCACCACUAUGGAGCAUCCCGAAGCUGUGAGGUCAAUCUCGUUCUCACCCGAUGGCAGGCAUAUUGCGAGUGCAUGCGAUGGUGGGGUUGUUCGCGUUUAUGACGUAUAUCGGCAUACUCUUACUCGCGAGUUCUCUGGUAACGACGGAGGCGGUGUGCGAUGCGUUCAGUACUCUCCAGAUAGCUCCAUCAUUGCCAUCGCCGCGAAUGACUGUACUAUCUGGCUCUGGAACGCGUGGACAGGGGCCCUGGUCAAAGGACCUCUUUGUGGUCACAGAUACCAUGUCUCGGGAAUAUCAUUCUCUUCUGAUGGCCAGCAGCUGCUCAGCUCAUCUGCCGAUGAAACAAUCAGAGGCUGGGACGUCACAUCAGGGAAAUGUGUCUUGGGGCCGCUAUAUGGGCACGGGGAGCCAGUUGGAGGAAUAGGCUGCUCUGUAGACCGAAAACACUUCGCCUCUUUCAGCAAUAAUGCAGUGCGUGUCUGGAAGAUACAGGACGGAAUUGUGACCUUGCUGCGGCCACCGAUGCGAAGCAACAACAUACCACAAAGCGCGGCGGGUGACAUUGACGACCUUUCGUUCAUGCAGCCGGCAGGCGAAGCAGACGAAAUGACCGAAAUGGGCGAAGUGGACAGACUAGACGGGGCAUCCGGAAAAAGGGAGUCGACUGCUUUGACGCGAAUAUUCCGUCGGUUGUUGGGCAGCAAUACCCAUAACAGGUUCGACAAUGAAGCUGUUCAACUCGAAACAAUCAUUGAAAUAGGCAACUUUGAGGUGAUCAGCUUAGCCACUCACACGGCCCCUUAAUCGACGCCGUCUUGCAGGGACUUGGGUUUGAGGACGUAAUGGAAGACAUUGAGUACCUACAGCAAGAGCCGCAGGUCUCUAGCAGAGUUUUACCUAUGACUCGGACAGAGUCACAGCAGACCUUGUUCGUUCAAGAGGCCUCGGAAGACACUGACGAAAGAAGUGGAGAAAAUCAUGCAAGAAACCAGGGAUCAAGACCAAAUUUACUAGCAUCCGUCGACUCUAGCGAUAGUUUGGGAAGCUUCAUGAACAGACCAGCUACCGUAACCAGGACAAACGGUGCCCAAAAUGUCAACUUCUUUGACGACGGCGAGACUAAUAUUGAUGAUAAUAUACCGCAACAGCCAUGCCCCUCUACAAAAACGCCACAGCAAAAUCCGCAGGGUCAGGGGGAAAGAAUGAUAACCAUCAUCAUGAUACGCACUUCUACUUGGGUGCGGAGACUCCCAGAGCACAGGGACAGGGUUGCGAGUACGUUCCGAAAAAUAUGGACCCGCACAGCAGCUACGUGGGGGAGCAAUAACGCAACUGGGAAAACCAGCCCUGCUAUACCGGAACCAUCUUCCAUGCGCCAAGCCCUGCGUGUUUUGGAUACUAUCAUUCCGGCAAUUGGCACGAAGGUACGUAAGUUCAAUGCGAUCUUCCUUUAGUUGUUGUACCGUCCCUUUCUUCACAGCGCAACGUCGCUGCAGGACACCAGGCUAGCAGACGACGCAGCGAAGACAAUGACACGAUAGAUUCAAACGUAUCUGAUACAGAUUCGCAUUCGAUGAAAUCGGAAGAGUCUGACAAUCCAGUUGUCAACGCGCUCUUUUUCUGCAUCUGGCCGUGCAUUCCAUCACGGAACACAAAUUCUCAUUCUCCGCAUAGUACCGCAAGGCCGGUUCUUGCGCAUGAGCAAACGAGCACUUUACCUACCUUGGGAGCCAUGGGUUCGCCUUCCACAUCUGCGGAAAGAGAGCCGGCGUCUGCUCCUCCGCAAGAGGCGAUCUCAGCCGAGACGGUGACGAAUUCGGUGAACGCUCUUAGGCAUUCGUAUCCGCCCGCGAACCAAACGCAAAGUGCGGAAGAGAAGUCGGCUCGCAAUGAAACGUUGGAGUCAUCAUCCGCUGGAGUUUGGGCAGCUGGAAUGUUUUCCCCUCGCGGCCAGGAGACGGAGCUACCUUUGCUAUGACACCACCUCUAGGCCUUUUACCCUUUUCGGUACAUAUUCGAUGAUUUUCAAGUUAAGCUACGGUUGUCUGCGUACUGAGCGUCGCUUUCGUUUUCUUAUUUAUAGUUGUAUGACUGUGUCGCUUCUCCUUGUAUUGCGCUGAUUUUUCACGUCACAAUCGUGGCAUGAACAUGG